AUGUUCUGUCCUUGGCCAUUCUCCCAAUGGGCACUUGACCUCAUUAGACCUAUGCCUGAGGGCAAAGGUCAGGUCAAGUAUGCAAUUGUAGCUGUGGACUACUUCACCAAGUGGGCUAAAGCUGAAGCCCUAGCCACCAUGACUGCAGCUCGCAUCGAAACGUUCGUUUGGCAGAAUAUUAUACGUCUUUGCUUCACCUCCCCAGCCCAUCCUCAGUGUAAUAGCCAUGUUGAAGCUGUGAACAAGAUCAUCAAGAAGACUCUGAAUACCAAGCUUGACAAAGCUAAGGGUUGCUGGCCAAAGCUACUCCCAGAGGUUCUCUGGUCCUACCGCACCACCUUCCGUACCUCAACAGGAGAAACACCGUUCUCUCUUUCCUUUGGUACCGAAGCUGUGGCACUAGUGGAGAUUGGCCAACCCACAUACCGAACCUCCACUUAUGAUGCCGAGGCCAAUGACGAGCAGUUAGCCUUGAACCUUGACUUCACUGACGAGCUUCGUGACCAAUCCAACAUGCGCAAUGUCAUGUACAAACAGCGCAUCCCCAAGUACUAUGACUCCCGAGUCAGAUCCCGUGCUUUCAAGAUUAGGGACUGGGUCAUGCGCAAGGUUUCCUUGGCCACUAAGAACCCUACUGAAGGUACCUUGGGACCUAUAUGGGAAGGCCCUUAUGAGAUUACCAAAGUCUGUUGCCCCGACACUUAUCAGCUUCGUGAUCCUAAGGGCAAGACUUUGCUUCAUCCUUGGAACGCUGAUCACCUCAAGUACUACUAUAGGUAA